CCCCGGAGCCCUGAAAAGUGCAGGACCGGAGCGCAUUACGCACACUUCGAGCCCCUCGCCGCGGAGGAGACUCCCACGCCGCCGCCGCUGUCGCUCCUCCAGAACUUCUCUCCGUUCUCUCUUCUUUUCCACAACUUGUCACAUCCCUGCAGAGGCUCGAGACAUCAGCGUCUGGCUGCAUGGCUACGUGAGAGUUUCAUGGACUUGGAACUUGGAGAACUUUCAGCGGCGCUUUAUUGGAGCUCGUCGCCUCUAUAGUUACUGUGGAUUACUGACAUACCGCAGGACCUUUGGCAGCUAUUUAUUGGGGGUCACCAGCGCGUCCUCUGCAGAGGUCUGAGUCGAGAUGGGGAGCAAAGCCCUGCACGCUCCGAUCCCCCUGCACCCGGCCCUCCAGCUCACCAACUACUCCUUCCUGCAGGCCGUCAACACGUUCCCCGCCGACCAGCUGCAGGGGCUGUACGGCCUGAGCGCGGUGCAGACCAUGCACAUGAACCACUGGACUCUUGGGUACCCGCACAUUCAGGGACUGAGGUCGACGAUCACGGAGAUGGCGGCCGCCCAGGGUCUGGUCGACCCCAGGCUCCCCUUCCCGGCGAUUCCCUUCUCCGCCGCGGCGCAGCUCUUCCAUCCCAAGCAGGCCACCGUGGGGCUCGGCGUGCCCUCGCUGCACAAGGACAGGCCGAGGUUUGACUUCGCCAACCUGGCCCUGGCCGCCACGCAGGAGGACCCGCCGAAGGCCGCGGAUCUGGCCAAGCUGGCGUCGGGACUAGGGGGGGCGAUCUCCGAGCUGAGCAAGCUGUCCCCGGAGAGAAAACCCACCCGGGGCCGGCUCCCGUCCAAAACCAAAAAGGAAUUUAUUUGCAAGUUCUGCGGCAGGCACUUCACCAAGUCCUACAACCUGCUCAUCCACGAGAGGACCCACACGGACGAGCGGCCGUACACCUGUGACAUUUGCCACAAAGCUUUCCGAAGACAGGACCAUCUCAGAGACCACAGAUACAUCCACUCCAAGGAAAAACCAUUCAAAUGUCAAGAAUGUGGGAAAGGAUUCUGUCAGUCUCGAACUCUAGCCGUCCAUAAAACCUUACACAUGCAGGAGUCUCCCCACAAAUGCCCCACAUGCGGAAGAACCUUUAAUCAAAGAAGUAACCUGAAAACUCACCUUCUCACCCAUACAGACAUCAAGCCCUACAGCUGUGGCCGCUGCGGAAAGGUGUUUCGGCGCAACUGUGACUUGCGACGGCACAGUUUGACGCACAGCCCACAUCAGGACUACUAGCCUGGACAGACUAACUAAAUAACAAUGGACACAAAAAACACAAAACCGCAGCAAGACAAGUCAGCGACCUCUCCCCUUUUUUUCUUCUUGGGUUUUUUUUUUCUUCCUUUUUGGUUCAAAGACAGUCUCCAAAUCAGGACUCUUUUUUACUGGCGCACGUUUUGGAGUUUGGUUGCACCUCACAUUGGGACAGCAGCGGAGCCAUGUCCAGCUUUUCAAAACCACCUGUAAAUAUCAAGACCAUGUACAUAAUGUUGUUGCUUUUUUUAUUUUUCUUCUCUGACCUUGAAAUUAUAAUGUUGUCAAAAAACAGUCAUAAAUUUUAAAGUAUGUUAAAUUGUAUUUUAGAAAUAAAUAUUUCCAUGAUA